CUAUUAUUUGCUGUAACCCUGUUUUCAACCAGCCAUGUUUUCUCAAAUACCGUUUCCAAAUAUGAGAUCACAAAAGGAACUUAACUGGCUGGCCGUUUUCCUCACACUAUUUGUCGUUGUCGCUGGAUCAGCUCAAGAUGAUGCCGACUACUGCGCAGAGCUCUCCACCCAGUCGUUGGCCAAAAUUCUCGGGCAGGCAUUUAAUCCGCGCUACAUGAGCAUCGAUCCGCCGGGCGAGCCCGAGGAGAAGAGCUACCAAUUGGGCUACAAGCGAUCGUCAUACGAAUUGCCCUUCUACGCGGACAGUGACGCGAUCUCAGUUAGCCACUUUCCCGCCUGGGAGACCAACCACUUUGCGAUGGUGGAAAAGAAGGAACCGUCGAGGAGCAGAAGCCUGCGCACCAGAAGCGCCUUCAUGGACCGAGUGGGACACCCGAGAAUCGAUGGCUUCAAGCAGCGACCCUGGGAAUGCUCCUCCAAGAUCAACUGGAUCGACUUAGGCUUAAAUUACUUUCCACGCUAUAUCCGUUCCAUCGAGUGUAUUGCCAGAAAAUGUUGGUAUGAUCACUUUAAUUGCAAGCCAAAAUCAUUUACAAUAAAAGUUCUGCGCCGGAAAACUGGCUCAUGCAUUCGAAUAAACGAUAAAUUGAUUUUGAUCACCGCUGAGAAAUUUGAGAAUGAUUACACGCAGCUCUGGAUUUGGGAAGAAAUAGCGGUUAACUUUUGCUGUGAAUGUGUUAUGCUAUACUAA